ACCUUUUCGUCUCCCGCCCGUUCUGCACGAUGUGCUGCUCUCUACUCUUCUGGAGAGCCUUAUAAGGGACCCAAUGUUACGGUCCUUAUUUAGUUAUCCAGCUGAUCUGUGUCACACCAUAUGUUCAUAUUGCCAAGAUGACUGGAGUAACGUUGUAUUUAAUACAGAUCUCAGCUAUAUGCGCUGUAAGCCAAGGAUUCCUGUUCGAUGACCAGGUCUGUUUCGAAUCCUGCUCGUGUCGCAGAGGCAACAUCGAUUGCCGGAACAAAAAUCUUGUGGUGCUUCCAUCAUUUUACGUCACAACCGGUCUAGCCAAUCAGCUCGCCACGAGUGACCGCGUGUUGAUGAUCAAACUUAACGAUAAUCACCUGAAAACCAUUCCCAGUCACGCCUUCACAAAUCUCACUGCAACAGACGCCCGGUAUUUUUAUUUUUACCUGAGCGACAAUCAAAUUUCAGAAAUCGACGAGUCGGCCUUCGCCGGGUUUGAGGGCAGGGUGAUCCAGUUGUUUCUAACAAACAACCGAUUAACGUCCGUCCCUGGCGUUAUUUCCCGCUUGACGCUGCCGUAUCUAGACAUAUCCGGAAAUCCCUUGCGUACGUUCGGCGCGCUCGCUGACGUAAGUAUAUACGAACUUCACGUUGAGCUCAGCAGCGUGACGACGUGGCCUCAACCGUUGACGUCAACGAGAGUAAACAAGACUUUAUACAUUGAUGGUUACAACUCGGAAACUCUGGACGGAUUCAUCGAAUCAGAACAGCUCGUAUCUCUGCACAUUUCAGAGACAAAACUCGUUGAUUUAAGUUACCUCAGCUGCAACGCCACCAACGUUUCAAUGCUAUCUGAAAUCUACUUUCGCAAUAACGAAAAACUCGACGUUUCAUCUCUCCACUUGUGUAACGGAUCCCUUAACAUUCGCCGCCUGUCAAUCCGCGGCGCACAUUUACCUAGUGUCCCUAGUAGCCUCCGAAUGUGGCCGGAACUGGUUAACCUUGACCUUUCCAAUAACAGCAUUACCGCCCUUACCGACGAAAAUUUCAAAGGUCUUUCGCAGCUUGAAGAGCUCUACAUCAGUCAGAACCCCAUCAACUCGAUAUCGUUGGACGCCUUCGCGACCAACGUCAAACUGAACUCCGUGCACUUUCAACAGACGGCGCUGGCGACGUUUCCGUUAGCGUUGACGCGGCUCGUGAGCAGCCCACUCAACCUGGCGUUCACCUACCCGAUGUACGUGCAAUGCGAAUGUGACGUCUUGACGCAACUCGCACAGAUCAACGGAACUCGCACGCUCGGGCGUGUCUACUGCAUCACACAGUCCUCCGUUGACGUCCUCGAAGCGUUUGACAAGAUCCUGCCGAAGUGUCAUUAGAAUUGGUCUGCCAGUUGUAUUGUGUGAUUACAUUUUUUACUAUGUUUAGUAACGAAAUACCGGAGCAUAUCUUUCGAACUCAUUAAACAUUAUAGGACCAUUCUUACAUAGAUAAUGGACCGGGUCUCGAUUCUAGCAUCGAAAGGGACGUCAGUGGCACAUUGUACUAUUUUUGUUUAACACAUCGCCUAUGUUUUCGGAUAAGUAUUCGUCACACUCUUUGUGAAGUUUGUGAUCGCAUUUAGUAUUUAUAAGCAAGAGUAAUCAACGUCUGUUUUGAUAACCCCGUAUAUACCGCUUUAGGUCAGUCAAGUGAUAUACAUUGUACACUUAGACAUUGGAAAAAUCAGAUAUAUAGUUACUGUUCACCGCUGUGUGAAAAUUAUAUAAAUUGUACUCUGAAAAACGUCAGCUUACAGUGCAUGUAUUCAACCCGUGUUCUAUUUGAAGAAAACAAGUGUCACGGCUCUAUCACAGUUCACAGACAUGAAGCACCUUAUCGGAUUCCACAGAUUGCACUUGAUCUCGACAUUGUACAUUGUAUUCAUUUACAUAACAAAUGAGUUAUUAUUAAAAUGUAUAAAAAUGUAAAAAAUG